GGUCGGCAAGGGGCCGGGGCCGGUGCAGGGAGCGGUCGGGUGGGCACUGCCGGGUGCUGGUGACCGACCCCUCCGCUAGGACCCAGCCGAUCCGCCAGAUUCCGGAUCCUCUUGGCGAGGGCCCCGUUGGCCUCCCCAGACUCCCAAGGCCACUUGCGACUCCCUCCCUAAAUAUUUUUAUUUUCAACUAUUUUAAAAAAUUUUAUUUUAACUUCCUGCUCCACUUGAAUGGACACGAGAGGAGAUGACGGCUGGUUCAGUGUGUGUCCCUCAGAUCAUUCCACUGCGAGUGCCCCAGCCCGGAAAAGCAAACCAUGAAAUCGACAACAACACUCUCUUGGAAAUGAAAUCAGACACCCCAGACGUCAACAUAUAUUAUACCCUGGAUGGCAGCAAACCUGAAUUUCUAAAGAGAAUUGGUUAUGGUGAGAACAAUACAUUGAAGUAUACAAAACCCAUUACCCUGCCUGAUGGAAAAAUACAAGUGAAAGCUGUUGCCGUCUCUAAAGGAGACUGUCGACAGAGUGGGAUUGUAACAAAGGUGUUCCAGGUGGACUAUGACCCACCCACCUCAGUCUCUUCCGAAGAAAAUGGUGAAAAUGUCCUCAGAGGAUCUUCAAAGCAGGAAUUAAAAAAUGGAUUUGUUGGAUCAAAACUGAAGAAGAAAUGUAAGAACGCUGAAAAUAAACCUAGUGGGAAUGUUAACUUUAGAAAGUUUCCAGAGCCUGGCGUGGAUGAGAGAACUGACCCUAAAGCUCGGAAAGAUCUCCGCUUCUCAGAGAGUCCCCCGGAAAUCCCAGCUGGCUGGGGAGGAUCAGGUCUCGGCCCACCCACACACCAGUCCCAGUCCCCUGGUUUUGCACAUAUACCUGGCCGGAAGAGUUUGACAAGCACAGAGAUCAUGAGAAUUCAAAGAGAGACAGACUUCCUUAAGUGUGCCCACUGCCUUGCCCCCCGCCCACCUGAUCCCUUUGCUCGCUUCUGUCAAGAAUGUGGCUCUCCUGUCCCACCCAUAUUUGGCUGUCGUCUCCCGCCCCCAGAAGGAGCCCAGAUGGGCUUGUGUGCCGAAUGUGGAAACCUGGUGCCCAUGAACACUCCCAUCUGUGUGGUGUGCGAGGCCACCCUGGCGCUGCAGCUGCGGCCACAGGCCAGCCUCCACUUGAAGGAGAAGGCAAUCUGCCGCACCUGUGGCACGGGGAAUCCUGCUCACCUGAGAUACUGUGUCACCUGUGAGGGGGCCCUGCCUUCAUCACGAGAGUGGAUGUGCAGUGGAGAUAAAGCCCCUCCCCCACCCACUCAGAAAGGAGAGAUCACUUCCUGCUCCAAAUGUGGUCGCCGAAAUCUCCGGCAGGCGCGCUUCUGCGACUGGUGUGGAGCCGUGCUCAGCAUUCCUUCUGGCUGCUCUGUUUGCUCUAAAUGUGGGGCCAGCAAUCAGCUGUCUGCCCAAUUCUGUGGCUCCUGUGGUAUUUACUUGAAGACCUUGGCAAGACUUAGCUUGGACAGCAGUCGCCCGUUUUCUGAGGCCCGAGCUGCCUGGCAGUCCCUCAGUGUUCCUUUGCCCACGUCUGAUGCUGGGAGCAAGAAGGACGUAGGCACGCAGACCGUUGGCCUGUUCUACCCAUCCAGCAAGCUACUAGCCAAAAAGGAACAGGAACUGGCUUCUUUACAGCAGACGCAGGAGAAGAUGAGCGACCACAAACCUCUGCUCACCGCCGUCAGCCCGGGCAGAGGAUACUGGAGAAAACAGGUGGAUCACAUCUCUGCCCACCUGAGGUCUUAUGCUCAGAACAACCCUGAAUUCCGGGCCUUGAUUGCAGAACCCAGGAUGGGAAAGCUUAUCUCUGCUACUGUCCAUGAAGAUGGUUGUGAAGUCAGCAUCAGACUGAAUUAUAUUCAAGUCUCAAACAAGAACCUGUAUGUCAACAAGGCGGUGAAUUUCAGCGACCACUUCCUGAGCAGUGUCACCGAGGGUGGUGACAGGCUGUACGGCAGCAGAUCCAGCUUGGUGAGUGACUACAGCCAGAGCGCCUCAGAUAGCACUGAGAAAAUCAAGAGGGCAAGGAGCUUCAAGACCAGAACAUUCCCUGAAAAGAGGCGGCAGCUUACGCCUGAAGACAGGUUCCUGCUGACAGAAGUGGGACCCAGAGGGGAAGGAAGAGUGUCUGUGAUCGAACAGCUGCUGGAUGAAGGAGCAGAUCCCAACUGCAGUGACGAUGAAGGCAGACCCGCCAUCGCUGUGGCUGUUGUGAAUAAGCACCAUGAAGCAGUCCCGGUCCUCGUGCAGAGAGGAGCAGACGUGGACCAGCAGUGGGGACCGCUCCGAAAUACAGCUCUCCAUGAAGCAGCUUUGCUUGGCCUGGCAGGAAGGGAGAGCAUCGCCACAUUGCUGGGAUGCAACGCAAGCAUCCAAAAGAAGAACACAAGAGGCCAGACUGCAUAUGACCUGGCUCUGGAAACUGGGGAUGCCCUCGUCACCUCACUCUUUGCUGCUAAGUUUGGCCAAGGGCUCAAGGACCACAUGACCGAACGCAGGAAACUCAGCCUGGAUGACCAUUAGACCCGAGGGCUCCAUGGCCGCCUUUAUUCAUUUCUUUCUGAAGUGUCUCCCUGAGGUUAGGAUUGAGGUUGCAAGGAGUUCAAGAGAUUCAUUUUUUUUUUAAAUUAUAUGACAGCAUAAGCCACUGGUGCCACAUGGGCAGCUCCUAAUAUUCUGUGAAUUGUGAAGAGCUUCGUGUAUAUUUGCUAAUGCUUUAUUGAUGGAUUUGGGGGAAUUUGGUAUUGUUUUUAUUUUUCAAUAGAUAAUAAUCACAUGAUUCAAAGGUAAAAUGCAUCAAGUACUGUGCCGUGAAGUGUCCUUCCCAUCUGUGUCCCAUGGCCACCACUGCCUCCCAAGAGGUACCAGUGACAACAGUGUCAACUGUAUCUUUCCAGGGAUGGCACAGGAGCAGGUUCACAUAUCCAUGUAUGUUACCUGUGCAUGUACACAUACAGCGUAUAUAAAAUACAAAUGUGCAAAGCACAUUCUUUCCCCUUCUGACAAAUAGUACCAUACCACGUACUUCUGUAUCUCUUUUUGUUAGUGGCUCCAACUUAGCACAGAAAGAAUGAGCUUAUUUAAAUUUUUUUGUAUGUUGAACUCAUCAAUAUUCCCAUUAUCCUGGCUUGAUUUUGGUUGAUAAAUCAGCCUUGAAUAAAC